AUGGCUGACGACGACACACCUGAACUGUGCCUGGAAAAAACCUCGCUGGCGAGGGGAGCAAGGAAGAAAUUCAUGAAGCCGCCCGUAAAGAUGCGACGGAAAGGACCCAUGCUCGAGUGUAUGUUUACCAAUCACCCAGUGACGAAAAGAGUCGAUCUCAUGCUGAUCACCUACAAGUGUAUUCUGAAAGGGAAAGAAUGCAGCUAUUUACCAAGUAGACGUGGUGGCCCGAGAAAAAAGAAAGUCAUUCCUGCGGCAUCUGUUGCCUUGGAUGUAGCGGGAAGCAAAAUGUGGAGUGCUGUUCACCCCAUCCCACCACUUGACGAAGAGCUGUUUAACCAAGUUGAUACCCUUGCUGUUCCUGGUGCUGGCUUGAGAGUGCUGGAUUUUCCAACUGAGGUUCAGUCCAUGUUUGAGGGUUUAUUUAUCCCUCAAGGCACGACGACCUACCCUCCCCUAGUCCAAGAUACCGUUCCCAUACACUCUCCUACCCCGACUCCUACUCGAGUAAGAGUCUACGGGACUGAGCAAGAAAUACUAUCUGGUUACUACACAUUCAUUCAUGACUAUUUCCCCAUAUUUCCUCCCCCUGUCUCGCCACAACAUGUCGAUUCUCCUCUGGAUUUUCAGCCGGCUUCUCAACUUAAUUCCGAUAAUCCGCCGCUCAUCUAUCACCCUAAGUCUCCUAUCACUCUCGCCAUUUCUGCUAUCCUCGCACGAAUUCCACAUCCAAUGGAUCCGGACCCAUCUGCCCCGGAAUCAGUGCUUUUAAGGCGGUCAUACUCUCAUAAAUUCGCACGUAGUGCCCUUGAGAGCGUCGACGCAGAGUCAGAGUUGGCGGAAUCCUGCGCCAGCCCUUCACAGGCGCUAUCUAACGAAAUAUCCGUGCCUAAACGGUUACCAGUUCACAUUCACACGCCUGUGGAGCUGGAGAGCAUCCUUGCACUUCUUAUCCUAAGUAUUUACGAAUAUACACAACGCGGGAACCUGGUAAAAAUGCGACUUCGCGCCGGCGAGGCUUAUGUCCGGGCUAUAAAUAUGUCACUUCAUACCCUUGGUCGGGAAGAUGACAUAUUUGCAGAAGGAAGACGCAGAGCUUGGUGGAUGACGGGUUCGAUCGUUAGCACCACUCCUCCAUCAAUCCUUGCAACUGAUCCUAGCUUCGUCACCCCGUAUCCUAAUUUUGCCGCCGAUUCAGAGGCGUGGCCGAUUCUGGUUCAGUCCCAACAGAUCCUCGUUUCCGCCACACAGUAUAUAUAUGACCUUAACCGUGCAAUACGAGGCCGACUGGAUCUCGCUUGUAUUUAUGACAGAGUCAAGAAACUAGAUGCCUGGGCAUUUGCUGCCCUAUCUCGAGCUGACAUUCCACCUCCAACUAGUUCUCCCGGCAUUGACACCUACCAUUCGGAAUUUAUAACCGCGGAUAGUAUCAGGUCGAUUGCACGAAUAAAACUAAGCAGUGCUCGCAUUAAACUACAUCGGUUUCGCGCUUUUUUGGAUAUCCCGAUAUUCAUUAAGAAACAUUGCGAUCUCACUUGCGCCAGCCUUGGUCCUACUGGAACCGAAAGAGCUUUUUCAGAUUUGCCCCAAGGCAAUUCCAAAUUCUCAUGCUGCGAAUCACUCUCGCAGGUGCCAGUUCUUAGCGAGACGUCGUCUGUCUCCCCUGCCUCAAGUGUUUCAGCACAAUCCUGGGUUUCCGAAGACACAUUUCCAUUCCCUACGUACGUAUCGACGGAGAUAUGCCUAAAGUCGGCUCUUACUAUUGCACAAAUGUUUCAUAGCCUGCCAUACCCACAACCCAUCUAUGCUGAUGUGUCAUUUCGACCCUCCUGUGACCCUAUGCCUCGCACAAUGCCAUCAUUUGCGUGCUGUGCGAUGCAGAGCAGCUAUGCCAUGCUUAUGUUAUAUUAUAAAUCCCGUGUUAUUAAAUACGGAUCAGAGAAGAAUCCUUUGGAUGAUGCCGAUCAGUUACACCAGAAACUUCAGCAUGGCCUGGAAUGUGUAAUCGGUGCCGUUAAAAAUUAUUCCAUUGCUUUUGAAGCUCUAGAUGGAAUGCGAGAUGAAAUCGAAGGGGCUUUUUUGACUGCUUUCCCAGACUAA